ACCCCCGGGAGGCUGGGGUGGGGGGGAGGGGAGGCCCGGCCACGGCUGCUCCCAGACCCAAGCCGGUCUCCUUAGGCCUGGAAGGUGAGAGGGGCCUUUAGGGCUCCCAGGAGCCUCUGUCCCUUGCCCUGGCCGCCCCUCCCCCUUGGCAAGGUGCCAGGGAGCUGCAGCUUUGUUAUCUGGGUAAUUUAGCUUCAGACCCUGGACUGAGGCUGGCCAGGUCCCGGGUUGCUUCCCACAGGGUGUGCACCCUGACCCCGCGAGGGAGGGAGGCCUUGUCCAUCGAGUGGCCGAGGUGCUAGGGCCCUGGGAGGCAGGUGGCAGGUGCCCUCCCCCACUGCCCUUUCUGCCUAGGGCCUGUGCGCCUCACAGCUGCCCGGGCCUGGUCACCGCGUGGCGCCUGCUGACCCAGCCUUGCCAGGGGCACAGGACACCGCGCCUUGGGGAGGGGAUGCCCCCCCAGGGAGCCAGUCCAGCCAGCUGCCCUGCCUCUCAGGCCCACCCUGGCCCCCGCGCCUGCCCGUCUGGUACCCCCAGCAGCCCCCUUGGCAGGCCGCCCCCGCCAUGGCCGAGCACCUGGAGCUGCUGGCAGAGAUGCCCGCGGUGAGCAGGCUGAGCGUGCAGGAGCGGCUGAAGCACGCCCAGAGGCGCCGGGCCCAGCAGGUGAAGACGUGGGCCCAGGCUGAGAAGGAGGCCCAGGGCAGGGGGUGCCCGCGGGGGCCGUCGCAGAAGGAGGCGGCCGGCAGCAGGCCGCAGAAGCGGGUCCUCUUCCCUCCCAGCGUUGCCCUGCUAGAGGCGGCUGCCCGCAACGACCUGGAGGAAGUCCGCCAGUUCCUCGAAAAUGGGGUCAGCCCUGACCUGGCCAAUGAGGAUGGCCUGACCGCCCUGCAUCAGAGCUGCAUCGAUGACUUCCGGGAGAUGGUGCAGCAGCUCCUGGAGGCUGGGGCCAAGGUCAAUGCCCGUGACAUUGAGUGCUGGACACCCUUGCAUGCUGCGGCCACCUGCGGCCACCUGCACCUGGUGGAGCUGCUCAUUGCUCGCGGUGCUGACCUCCUGGCGGUCAACACUGAUGGCAACAUGCCCUACGACCUGUGUGAGGACGAGCAGACGCUGGACUGCCUGGAGACGGCCAUGGCCAGCCGUGGCAUCACCCAGCACAGCAUCGAGCGGGCCCGGGCCUUGCCGGAGCAGCACAUGCUGGAGGACAUCCGGAGCCUGCUGCAGGCAGGGGCCGACCUCGACGCCCCCCGGGACCACGGGGCCACGCUGCUGCACAUCGCCGCGGCCAGUGGGUUUGGGGAGGCGGCUGCCCUGCUGCUGGAACACCGGGCCAGCCUGAGCACCAAGGACCGGGACGGCUGGGAACCGCUGCACGCGGCGGCCUACUGGGGCCAGGUGCACCUGGUGGAGCUGCUUGUGGCACACGGGGCCGACUUGAACAGCAAAUCCUUGAUGGACGAGACACCGCUCGACGUGUGCGGGGACGAGGAGGUGCGGGCCAAGCUGCUGGAGCUGAAGCACAAGCAGGACGCGCUUCUGCGCGCCCAGGGCCGCCAUCGGUCUCUCCUGCGCCGACGCACCUCUAGUGCUGGCAGCCGGGGGAAGGUGGUGCGGCGGGCGAGCCUGACCCAGCGCACCAGCCUGUACCGCAAGGAGCACGCCCAGGAGGCCAUCGUGUGGCAGCAGCCCCCGCCCGCCAGCCCGGAGCCCCCCGAGGAGGAUGAGGACCGCCCGACAGACGUGGAGCUCCAGCCGCUGCCCCUCGAAGAGGAGAGCCCCGAGGUGGCCAGGCCACACAACGGCCGAGUGGGGGCCCCCCCCGGGCGGCACCUGUACUCCAAGCGGCUGGACCGGAGCAUCUCCUACCAGCUGAGCCCCCCGGAGAGCAGCCCCGACGCCCUGGUCCGGGCCAAGGCCCACCACACCCUGGCGGAGCUCAAGCGCCAGCGGGCUGCCGCCAAGCUGCAGCGACCCCCACCUGAGGGGCCCGACGCGGCUGAGUCUGAACUGCCUGUGGACACCGAGACCCCCCAGCUGGAGUGUGGCUCCGGGGCGGGUGGAGACCCACCGCUGCUCAAACUCACGGCCCCCUCUGAGGAGGCCCCCACGGAGAAGAGGCCAUGCUGUGUACUCAUGUGAGGGGCUGGUGCGUGGCGUGGCCGAGGCCCCCUGCCAGGCCCCGGCCUCUAGUCUGCACACCCAGACGCGUGUCCCAGGCUAGGCUGCUAGCUUCCUCCCUCAGGGACAGCCCUGUGGCAGAAGCUGUACCCGGGAGGCACUGGGCCGCAGAGACCUCAUUUCAUUCUGUGACUCGAUAAAGGGCCAUUCUGCCACC